AUGGUUUCAGCUCGCACGCACCCCGGCUUAACCUCGGCACCCCGAUCAUCAGCAGAACCCCUCCUCGGGAUCGAUGCGACCCUAACCCCGUACUUGAAAGGUCGACCUGUCGCUAAAAAAGCAGGCUUAAAGAUGCAGUGGACCCCCGAGCACAGCCAGUGGGCCGAACAGCAUUUUGACAUCUCUUCCACCACGCGCUCGCCGGCCCACAAGGCUGAGGCCUACAGGGCGGUGCCCGGCCACCUGCAGCGCUCAGCCUCCUACCAGUACGCCUGGGCCAACGACGACAUCUCCGCCCUCACCGCCUCCAACCUGCUCAAGAAGUAUGCUGAGAAGUAUUCCGGUAUCCUGGAGAUGCCGGGCUCCUAUUCUGAGAUCCCGGGGGUGAUGAACGGACGGAAAGGUGAAUCCGAGCCCUGGCAGGAUGGCGUCUACCCCAUGAGCUGCAUCCCAGAGGGGGUUUCCAUCAGGAAGGGAGGGGUGGCGGCGGCCUCAGAGGUGGUGUCCGGCAUGUGCAGCUCCCCGGGUCUGGCCUCCAGCACCCUGAGCGAGCCCAGCUACUCCAGCAGCAGUUGUGGGAGCCACUCUGCCACAGCGCUCCACUCCUCCUCCAUGGCCUCUCAGGAAUACGGCCCUCCGUACAGCAGCUCCUACCUGCACAGUAGUUACAGUUCCCAGUCGGCCCCCGCCCCAGCACUCCCCUCCCCGCUGCACAGCUCUGGGCUCCUGCAGCCACCCCCUCCGCCGCCCUCCCACCCCACUUUAGUCCCAGCGUACAACGGAGGCUCCCCCAACUUGUCUAGUUAUAAUUACCCCCCAGCAGGCUACCCAGCUCAGAGCUCUGUCGGGCCGGGAUACAGCCCUGGAGGAGCCCCCCCUCCAUCAUCGUACCUCCCCUCAGGCAUCGCUGCCCCUACACCCCUUCCUCCCUCUUCCACUUUACCUGGAUACCCGUACCAGAGCCACAACCUGACCCCAAUUGCCCCCACCCCUCUGAACAGUAGCUCCUCCAACUCACUGAAGAGAAAAGCCUUCUACAUGUCAGGCCAGGGAGAAAUGGACUCUUAUGGUAACUUCGGCUAUGGCCAGGCUCGGAGCGCCGCUGAGAGCCCCAUGUACAGGAUAGCUGACAGCAGCAGCACGAACGGAGGCUCCAACAGCGCCGGCGGAUUCGACAGGGGGGCUGAAAAGUCGUCUUUACCUUUUAAUCCUCAGAAGCAGUCCACCAUGUCCUCAGAGCAGCAGCAGAGGAAGUACAGCAGCCAGGCAACAGGUGGGCCACUGACUCCCCCGGCCUACGUCACCUCCACCCUAGGGGGGUCCCGCUCAACUGAUUCCCUCGCCAGCUUCACCUCCCCCUCCCUCAGUGAGCAAGGUGCUGAGGAUCACCGUCUCCACCUCUCCCACUCAGCACCAGGGCCUACCUCCUCCUCAUCCACUUCAUCCUCCCGGCCUGCUGAAGAGCAGCUAAAAACCAGUGACCCUCACCUCCUCGACAUGGUGACCUCUGAAAUCGUUCAGCAGGGGCCCCCGGUGGAUUGGAGCGACAUUGCAGGACUAGAACUAGCCAAGGCAACCCUGAAGGAAGAGGUCCUCUGGCCCAUUCUGCGCCCGGACAUGUUCAGCAGUCUAGGCCCCGCACUGCGCUGCGUGUUGCUGUUUGGCCCCCGGGGCAGUGGCAGGACGUUGCUGGGUCGCUGCCUGGCCAGCCAGCUCGGGGCGCCGUUCCUCCAGCUCAACGGGUCCACGUUGGCCACCAAGUGGCUGGCAGAGGGAGAGAAAAUCAUCCGGGCAUCCUUCCUGGUGGCGCGCUGCCGGCAGCCCUCCGUACUGUUCAUCAGUGAAGUGGACAUGCUGCUGUCAGCACACCUCAGCGAAGAGAGCCCCAUCAACCGGCUGAAGAGGGAGCUCCUCGCCCAGUUGGACUCCCUUCUCAUGGGCUCAGGAGAGGACGCAGGCAACCAGGUUUUGGUGGUUUGCUCGACAAGCCGACCCCAGGACAUGGAUGAAGGGUUGCGCAGGUACUUUGGCCGCAGGGUUCUCGUGCCCCUGCCGGACGGCGCAGCCCGACACCAUAUCGUGAGCCAGCUCCUGGCUCAGUCUCAGCACAAAUACUGCCUGAGCGAGGAGGAGCUGGCGCUGCUGGUCCAGCGCACCGAAGGUUUCUCCGGACUGGACCUGGCCCGACUCUGCCAGGAGGCCCUCGUCGGUCUGCUCCACGUCUCUGCACAGGGCAUGGACAUGUCGGGUAUGAUGCCCCGGGGACAGGUCAGGCCCCUCACCUACCAGGACUUUGAGAGUGUCUUUUGUAAAUUCCAGGCCAGUAUAUCACAGAAAGAGAUUGACACGUACACUGAGUGGAACAAAAUGUUCGGCUGCAGCCAGUGAAAAGAAAGAUUCCGCCCUUGAGAAAAAGAGGCAAACACAAUUCCUCCCCUCAGGGCAGAAGCAUUGUGCUGGAGGGAAAGGCACACUGAAGGCCAACACAACUCACUGAGUUCUCACAAGCAGGGUUUAGACGUACCCAGAGACCUGGUUUGAUGAGACGACUGGCAGUUUUACAGUUAAUGAGCAAGAGUUUUAAUUUGAUUGCUUGACACUCCAGAAAGCCAGGCAUUGUUUACACAUUGCAAGCAAGUUGGCUUGAGAAGAGACGCCCCAGUGUCUGUGUACAUAUAUCGUUAUGUUCUUGUUCUUGACAUUUAGUUGGCUAUCCAAGUGCCUGAAGUGGUGCUUUCUGAGUUUCUUUCUUUGUUUAUUUGCCUCACAAUCCACAUUCAUGGCAUGAGCUGAUGAUUAUUAAGAGCUUUAAAACUUCAGCAGAGUCUGAAAAACUGAGAUUGACAGUUGCCAUUGGUGGUGGUCAAUCAUUCUCUAUUGUCUUGCUAAGAGCAGUAAUCCAUCAGGGCGGCAGUAGUCUGGGCCCUGACGCGCUCUUAUCUCUCCUGUGUCUGCAAAACAAACAAGCGUAACAAACAAAACUCAGGAAAGCGUUUGUGAAUUGUACAGUACCUCAAGAAAUCUUGACGAAAAGCACUAAGACCUGAGAGGAGAAUCCGGGGAGUUUAAGUUUAGCGAAGCAGUGUUAGGUUUACCUCAACUGGCUGUUAUAAAUAGCAAAGAGGUGACGAUGAAUGUACUGAAUAUUUUCUGAUGGAACAUAAUCAAUAGUGAGUAAAGACAUGUCCUUUUUUUUCUCACAGCAGGUGCUUUAGUAACCUGUUUCUACUUGACCACUCCUGAAGCUUAUUUUCAUCGCUUUGAAAAAAAAACAACCACAAAACUGUUGAGGUUUUAGAAGAAAAUCAGGUGUUGGGUCAAUGUCGUUGUAUAUUUAUUCAAAACCAUAAUCAACAUUGUUUAUAUUAUGCGAUCUAGGCUAUAGCAGGCUUUGCUGGAGGCUCCAUCAGUUUGUCAGCUAACUACUGCGCAAAAUGCUCGUCAGUGAGGGAUGAACUUGAUGCUUAAACACCUCCAAUGAAUAUAAAGAAAUUGAUUGAGAUUUUAGGGAACACACAGAUCCAUUUCCCAACAUGUUUUUUAAGUCACAGUGAUAUCAAAGACAACAUAUCUGUGUGAAAUGUCGACUUGAUGUCACUAUAACUACACUACUAAAGUCAGGACGAUACUGAAUUGCUCAUCUGUUGCAAAAUAGUGGGAAAAGUAAAAGAGUAAAUGAGAGUUUUUGCUGAAGGUGAAUUUCAUUUUAGCAAUUCUGAUUGAUUGACAUCUCUAUAAUCUUAGUGUCCAACCAGAAAGCUCGGACACUAUUUCAAUCAUCGUUAAAUUCAGAACAUUUAAGUGUAAUAUGUUUAAUCCAAACUGACCCCCGAAGACUAAUUCAAUCGUCAUUUCUUCAGUUCCGAUCAUUUUUGUUCUCUAUAUCUUCACCUACAUGCAUUUGGAUGCACACUUCAGUUGAGUGAAAAGCUUUGUAACAUGAGUGAGGAAUUGUGGUCUUAAAGUCCUUCAUCCCUGAAGGUUAUCUGUCGCCCUUUGUGUUGGAAGGUAUUUUUUUCCCUUCCUUGUGUAAGAAGCUGUCCCUUAGCUCCACUGCUGCCACACAGGAGUCCUAAAGAUAGUGUUAUGUACAUGCACUAAAGCAUUCUGUGUAAUAUUGUUUGGUUGAAAUGUAUUUGCUUUGUCUGUCCGGUAUUUAUCCUAUAGGAGAUUUCAUUCAUCCGAACCGAUGAUCAGUUUUUUUAUUGUGACUCCGUCUUUUUGUUUUGUUUCAAUAUAAGUACAUACUGUACGUCUAGGCCUGCUCUGUGUUGCUAUCUCUGCAUCAGUGCAGCACCUGAUGUGGUGGAGGGGGAAGUUCUGCUGAGCAUCAGCAAAAUUGACGGGAAGGAAAGACAGCCAGGCAGCGUGGCGGCAGCACAAGGGGAAAGCAGAGUGGUCCGUCAGAAAAGCACCCUCAAAACAAUCUGCACCAGAAUUCCUUCUGUCAGCAAAUCCUCUGGAGAGAGAGUCCCUUUAGACAGAAAAACCCACUAAUGCACUUCAGAGCACACAACAACAGCACACACUCCCCCACCGAACAAACGACUUGAAACACCGGUCAACGCUACGCUUGUUUCCUUCGUGUUUUGUGGCCCUUUCUUUUGUCUCGUUACCACAUGGUGUUUAAAUCUAGCUUUUUCCUCUCUCUUUCUUUUGAAACCCUUUCCUUAAACGGACGCUAGAGUUCUUCUUUAAAGCUACCUCAUGGCUACAAAGCAUAUAAUGUCUUUCCAAAUGUCAGAAAAAGCAUUGAGAAAAAAUAAAAAAGUGGAGAGAAUAACAACAAAGUUUUGCGCAGUCUACCUCAGACGACUGUACAACAUUUAGCUGAUGGUGCAACCGCAGGCUGCAGCCUCGUGUGUGUGUGAGAUGGAGCUAUAGGAAACACACACACCUGAUUACGUCAAAAACACUCUCACAAGCGAUCUGUGAGGAAGGAAGAGUCGCCCUAAAGGUGACCUGGAAAUGUAUAAUCCGAUACAUUUGCUUUAAUCUUUUGUGAACUUCUGUGGUUGUGCGCGUGUGAAUGUGUAUAUACGUGGGCACACUCUUCUUUUUUUUAUUUAGUGUGUUGAAUUUUAUAAAUUGUUAGUAUAUAUAACACACUUGCACAACUUUAAACCAGAGUGUAACGUGUUUCUGUUGUACAUACCUAUACAUACAAUACAAAAAUGCACCACUUGUUUAUAUGUGUGAAUAUGUUGCCAUACUUGCAGUCAAUGUAUUUUCAUGUAAUCUUAGGUACAAGCAGCAACAAACGAUUCAUUAAAGACAUU